UGUUUGUGGUGGCAAGGGACAUUAAAUGAGCCCUCACUCAGGGGGGCGAGUGCCGGCUUCAGUCGGCGCAGAGCCCCGUUCUGUGUGGCUGUGCCGCUGCAGCCAGGUUCCCCAGGGCGCAAAGGGCGCCGGUGCCGCGCCACGCUUGCCAGGCCUGGCACGUACCCAUUUUAGCCCCGAGCUCGGCCAGGUGAGAAAACUGAGAAAACACCAUCAGCGCUUUUCUUAAACGUUGUUCGAGCGUCCGUCAGGCGCCGGGCCGGGGCACGAGGCGCGUCCUCUGUGCCGCCGCUCCGUGCUGAGCCACUCCGGCUGCGGAGCGGGGCAGGCGGCGGCACGGCAGCACAGCACAGGGCAGGGCGGGAGCGGGACCGCGACGCCGCCUCCCCGGGCAGCGAGGGCAAACGUCCCACGGGACGGAAUGGGAUGGGACUGAGCGGCGGCUCCGCCGGUCCCGCCUCUCUUGGGCCUGUCUCGUCGGCCCUUCUCUCGCCCACAGCCGCGGGCUCUAUAAAGGCGUGCAGGUCACGCGGGGAGGGGUUAAAGAAGGAGGCUGGGGAGCAUUCCGUCGCAGGAACAUUAAAACUGCCGAGCCCCGGCCGGCCGCUGGAGUCGCUGAACGGCACUCACGAUGCGGAGGCUGCAUGCGGGCGGCGCGGCGCGGCUGAGCGAGGACUGCUACUUGUGAGCGUGUGCAGGAGUGCUGGGAGCUGCGAGGCCACCACGGGUUUGUGCUCUCUGUCUAUUGGCACCAUGAGCUCCGGCACCACCGCCCCAGUGAGGGUGGUCAGCAGCCUCGCCAACACCGACGUCAACUAUGUCAUCAAAGAGCACUAUAAUUACACGGGAAAGCUAAAUGAGAAUGCGGACAGUGGAAUAAAAAUGACGUCGGUGGUUUUUAUCAUCAUUUGCUGCUUUAUAAUCUUAGAGAACAUUUUUGUCUUGCUCACCAUCUGGAAAACCAAGAAAUUUCACAGACCGAUGUACUAUUUCAUUGGGAACCUGGCUCUUUCAGACUUGCUGGCUGGCGUGGCUUACACUGCCAACCUCCUACUCUCCGGACACAAAACUUACAGCCUCACCCCUUCCCAGUGGUUCGUAAGGGAGGGCAGCAUGUUUGUCGCCUUGUCAGCUUCUGUGUUCAGCUUGUUGGCCAUCGCCAUUGAGAGAUACAUCACCAUGCUGAAAAUGAAGCUCCACAAUGGCAGCAACAGCUUCCGUUCUUUCCUGCUGAUCAGUGCCUGCUGGGUUAUCUCUGUGAUACUUGGAGGACUCCCAAUCAUGGGCUGGAACUGCAUCAGCCUCUUGUCAAACUGCUCCACAGUGCUGCCGCUCUACCACAAGCACUAUAUUCUCUUUUGCACCACAGUUUUCACUGGCCUAUUGCUAUCUAUUGUUGUCCUCUAUUGCAGAAUCUACUCCAUGGUGAGGACUAGGAGCCGUAGGCUGACAUUUCGAAAAAACAUUACCAAAGCUACCAGGAGCUCAGAAAAGUCACUAGCCUUGCUCAAGACAGUGAUCAUAGUCCUGAGUGCCUUCAUUGCUUGCUGGGCUCCCUUGUUCAUCCUGCUUUUACUGGAUGUGGGCUGUAGAGUGAAGACUUGCCCAAUCCUGUAUAAAGCAGAGUAUUUCUUAGUGCUGGCCGUGCUCAAUUCAGCCACGAACCCUAUCAUCUACACAUUAACUAACAAAGAAAUGCGGAGGGCUUUCAUCAAGAUUCUGUGCUGCUGCAAAUGUCCCCCCACAGACUCGGGGACUAAAUUCAAGAGGCCAAUCAUCGGAGGGAUGGAGUUCAGCCGGAGUAAGUCUGACAAUUCCUCCCACCCACAGAAGGAGGAAGGCGACCGUCCUGAAACCAUCAUGUCUUCAGGCAAUGUUACCUCAUCUUCUUAGGAGUGACUGUGGAGGUUUGUUUAGAGCCUUUCUCUGAAACUGGGAGCCGAGGCACCUCCUGCUCGCUGCAGCAGUGCUGGGCUGAGGAGCAAGUAGCAUUAGUUCUAACGAGGCCAAUGGUGCACUUGCGAGGCUGGAGUUCAAGAAAUGGGACACGCUGUUCUGGCUCAAAAAUCCAUUUCCCCGGAGCAUGUUUUGUCUUUGCACUGAGGCAGCUCAGGAUUGUCAGGCGCAUUCAUAUCCUGAGAUCUCCUUAGUAACUCUGAAAGACUGAUGCCUUGGGGAAGUGAUGCCUGGUGUGUGCAAGAGAAUGAAAGUCGGGGAAGAGGCAAAGGGAGAAUGAAUCUUUUUUUUUUUUUUCUUUUUUUCCCUCCCCUGUGAGAAGAAUGUGAAGUUAUUUUUCCUUUACUUGCAGCAAACCACUGACACAAAGCUCUUUCUGUACUGGGUUUAGUGAUGGCUCGUAUAGUUGGUCAGAAGUGUUUGUUUAACACAUAACAAGGAAAGAGAUCAUGCAGGUAUAAUUUAUACCACAGGCAACCAUAAUUUGACAUCACCUUCCAGAGUUUUUAGUUAAAUAGUAAGGUUUUAUUUGCAGAGUCCAAAGCUGUUGGAGUUUUAUUUAGCAAGAUCAUAGCUGUGAAUUUUUGUUGGUGGUCCUAUUGCAUUUGAAGACCAAGAGCAGGCUCUGUAGUUACACUCACUUAAACAAUUCCAUGGCUGUGUCAGAUUUCAUGGAAUCGCUCAGAGCAGCAUUUGGCCCCACGUGUUGUUUGCCGUGUUGUUAUAUAGCAUUAAAUAAACUGCAUUAUCGUGACAAAAUGUGAGGUAGAACUAAAGGUCACUUCUCAUAAAGAUGACAGAGAGUAAAUCUAAUAGAAUAAAAUACUGUUGACAGCAGCAGGAUUUUUACUGAGGUAAAAAGAGCUAAAAACUGAAGGCAAAGGUUAGUGUCAGGUGACAAAGGCAAAAGGUAAAGACUGGUUACAUCGCCUGAAAAGAAAGCCUCGAGUUUCAGAAAAGUAAGAUUUCAAGUGAAAUGAAUAUAGAUAAAUGCACUUCCAUAACAAAAUGCAACACAUUUUGGCACAUUUUAUUAAUGUUCAUAAUUGCAGGAAAUCUGUUUGUAUUUUAUCAGUUCGUGGCUUCUUGGGAGAAGUGCCUGUCGUUAAAAUGAAUGUAUUUGUUUUACAGUAUCGUUUUUACUUCUCUGGUUUUCUAACCUGUGCUAAUGGGGUUGAAUGUGUACAAUGUAAAUAAGUUAAUGAGAUACAGGAGUCUUCACGCACCUAGAGUAUUACUAUAACAAAAGUGGUAUAUCUGGGAUAGCUGAAAGCAACUGACUGAUUUACAGUUACGGACAACUCCUAGAAGUGGUAUUUUGUAAAAUAAAUAAAUAAAAAUUAUUGCUUUUGUAGUAAAAUUUCCAGUGCAAUUAAAUUGAUUUUUUUUUUUUUUCUGGUUUAAAAAAUAGUAUUUAAUAUGUUUCUGACUUCUGUUGUUCAAUUUGCACAUAGCUUUAUUGACUUCUAAACAUUAAUAAACUGAUUUUUGUAAAGAUUCUGUUAUCACAGUACUGGUACUUUGGUACUGCUGUGGGGAUUUUGCUCCGGGUGUGGUAAUGUUGAUGGAAGUUGUUGACAGAACUCACGGAAAUGACUCCUUGAUUUCAGUAUGAUCUGGAUUAAGCUAUUUUUGUGGAUGUCUUUCUGGUUGGUGGAGACCUAAGAUGCAUGCUGCCACUGGCAAGGUCAUGUAAGAUAAAAAAUGAAUUCUAUACUGUGAUCUUU